CUGUCAGUCGCUAAUGUCCACCGAAUCAAAAUCAAUCUCAUUUCUUUGUAAUUUUGUGCAAAAAAUCCUUUAUUUGGAUGAUGAUAGCAAAAAACAGGUCAGCUAAUGACCACUCGCGUGUGCCUACCGUGAACGUGAAUUAGAAGACACCGCUGAAACUAUGGGCACCUCCGAAUUGGACAGCCGCAACAUCACAAUUUCCAUGAGAAAAUCAGUUGAGAAUCUGGUGAUCUCGUCUCAAGACGCCAUCGGGCAGAGCAUCAGUCAAGCCCUCACUUUCUCUGGAGUCAUCACACAGCACGCCAACCAAAUUAUACAGGAAACCAGAAACGUGUCCAGGCCUCCAUCCCCAUCAGUGCGUGCCCUAGAACCCGGCUUGGACACCUUAGACAAUGACAAGGGCAGCAACUCGUCCCUGCACCUGCCGUCGAACUCGGACUCGGCGUCGGUGUCCAGCGCCACUGACCUCGUCACCGUCAUCAACGCCGGCAAGGGAGACAACCCCAAGGUACAGAUCACAUCUCCCGCAGGGGCGCGGGGGGCCGACGGGACCGCGCGUUCCAAGAAGAAGAGCUGGUACAACGCGCUGUAUCCCACCUACAAGAGCAAGUCCGACGACUUCAAGCGGCUGUUCAAGGACUUGCCUGACGAUGAGAGGCUCAUUGUAGACUACUCCUGCGCACUACAGAAGGAUAUAUUAGUCCACGGGCGGCUAUACGCGUCGCAGAACUACCUGUGCUUCUACGCGUCCAUCUUCGGCUGGGAGACCUCGCUGUCGCUUCGCUGGAAGGACGUCACCGCCAUCACGAAGGAGAAGACUGCGCUGGUGAUCCCGAACGCGAUCCUGGUGUGCACGGAGAGCGAGAAAAGCUUCCUGACGUCGUUCUCGGGCCGCGACAAGGCCUACCUCAUGCUGUUCCGCAUCUGGCAGAACGCGCUCAUGGACCAGCCCAUGACCAGCCACGAGAUUUGGCAGUGGGUGCACAGCUGCUACGGCGAGGAGCUGGGCUUCAACUCGGACGACGAGGGCUACGGCCGCGACUUCCCCGAGGAGCCGCCGGCGCUGCCGCCCGACAACAUCUCCGAGGACCUGGUGGACUCGUCAAUGGACGCCAGCAGCGCGGCGGACGCGCGUGACUCGCCACGACAACGCGGCGGCCGCCACCCGCACCGGGACUCCUCACCACCACUAGUGACGAACGGCGACGGGUAUAAAGAGGACGAGGGCGGCGACACACUGCCGACAGACAUGUCAGACACCAGUGACAGCGAGCCGGAGAAGCCUCACAACGGCGGCUCCGUAGAGAAGUGCUCGGCGUCGCACGAGGGCCGCGCGUUGCUACGGGCGCAGUUCCCGUUCAACGUAGACCAGCUGUUCACCAUGAUCUUCACCAACUCCAAGUUCAACCUCGAGCUGCUGGCCGCCAGAGGAACCACUGAUUACGUGCAGGCGCCGUGGCAGCCGGCGGCGGGGUUGAAGUGCCGGCAGCUGAGCUACACGCUGAGCCUCACGUCCGGCCCCAUCGGGCCCAAGGAGGUGCAGGUCACAGAGACACAGGUCAUGAACAAGUGCUCGAAGCCGGGCGUGAUGUACUCCAUCGACUCCACCAGCGAGAACGCCGGCAUCCCCUACGCAGACUACUUUAGCGUUAAGGUUCACUAUUGCAUGCAGCGGGUGGCGGAGCACGUGACCAGCCUGGCCAUCACCGGCUACAUCCACUACAAGAAGACCAUGUGGCCCAUGAUCAAAGGCAGCCCAUACGGGGCUCCCCUCACGCUGCCGCACCCGACCCCGCACCAGUCGCGACCGCCCCCGCGGCGGCCGCAGACGCGGCAUCUGUUACAGGAUCGUCAUCUUGUUCAUCGGCCACCGUUCGGGCACGCACCCUCGCAGUGCAAGCUAAGUUUGCUCGCAGAGCUGCCGACGCAGCGCGAGCGCGCGCGGAAGAGGAACGCGUGCGUGCCGCAGAAGAAAGAGCGCGGUUAG